AAACUGUACUUCACCUUCAAACCCUAGCUUAACUUUUCUCUCUUCUAUACAUCCGCAACCUUUUUCACCAUCGACGGUAUCAUCAACCUCAACAGAAACAACGAUUGCACAAAGUAGAAGAAGAGAAAGAUGGCGAAGUCAAUGAGGUGUAAGAGGGAAAAGAGGCUGAGAGCUAUAAAGAGAGAGAUAGUGGCUUCAGAGCCCUCUGUCCUUAAGAAAGAAGCUGCUAAAUUAGCUGCCCAAGAAGCUGCCCUUGCUGCCCCUAAGCUUGUUGUCAAGUCUCCCUUCACAUCCACUACCAUGGAUACUUCGACCUCUACUCCUAACAACGACAACAGCAUGGAUGUGGAGAUGGCUGAUGGAAAUCAAAGUGCAAAAUCUUUAAAACCUCUUGGAAGGAAGAUGAAAAAGAAGCUUAAAAUAGCGAAGAAGAAGCAUUUUGGCAAGGGAAAGAUCAGGAGGAAGAAUGUUUGAUUGCAGGCCCUUUGUUCUCUGGUAAUAGUCCUCUUGCUAAGCUGAUAGAUAUCUAGUUGCUGCUUACUGCAAGAUCUUGUCGACAAGUCCCUCCCGUGUUCUCUCCUCAACUCCUCUUACAUUUUAGUAGUAUCUUGGAACUUGAGCAUAUGAUUGGAUAUGCUACUUAUGCUCAUACAAGUAUCUUUGCUUCCGAAAUGAGCCUUAUGUUCUUGAAUCUCACCAAGUAGUUCAUUUUUUCCUUUAUUUUACAGUUUGUUGUGCAUGGAAGUACAAACAUGUGGAAUGUAAUCCAACAAGGUUAAGAUAUUUGAAUUUUUAAGCAAAGUUAACCCUUUUA